AUGGACAAGAUGGAUGGAAAUGCUUCUUCUGAUCUGGUCGCUCGAUGGAGUGUCCCAUUACAGGAUAAAAUUCAUCGAAUAGAAUUCGAACACGGAACAACUACAGGAAAACGUAUCAUUCGUGUUGAUGGCAAGGAAGUCUUACGUCAUGAUUGGAUGUUCAAAUUAGUUGGAAAAGAAGCUUUCACUAUUGGAAGUAUGAAAUGUGUGAUUGGUGUUGAAGCUUUGGGAACAUUUGCUUACGAAUAUAGUCUUGAGGUUAAUGGAAAACCUUUUGAAAAGUUCCGCGAAGAGCAGAGCAAGAAGCUCCAAAGUUGGGAAACGCAUAUCAAUGGCGAUGACACGCGGAUCGUCUUAGAUAAAGAUACUAUGGAAGUAUGGGUGAAUGGACAGAAGAUUGACACCGCGGGUGAAUUCGUUGAUGAUGGAACGGAAACUCACUUUGAGAUCGGAAGACACUUAUGUAAGAUUCGAUCGGUGAGUAGUGGAAAGAAGAAAGUUGGCGUUGUUCACACAUUCUACGUAGAUGGAGUUCCUCAAGUAUGUGCUGAGUAUGGCACUGAUGCUGGUCCAUCCAUCAAUUGA